GCGACGAAACCGUUCGUGCCCGACGGGCGCGGCCAUGUCCUGUGUGUGGGCGGUCGGGAGGAGCGGAGCUUCGAGCCUCGGUCGUUCGCUGAGGGUGUGCGCUCCCCCUGCGUGCGGUGGGAGUGUGCGGCCGGCGGGAGAGCCGUCCUGGGCCGUGCAAAGGCGGGAGGCUGAGCUCUGCCGCGGUGUGGAGAUUCGUUUUGGUGCGUGUGUGACUGAACAACGCUGUCCCGUGAAGGCACAUGAAACGUAAAUCCGUUUUAAUAAUACCUAAUUAACAGGCAAAACCAAGCAUGGACGCCUAUUUUAACAAUUUCUGGAAUAACAUUGAAAUAUUGACGCCUGGUGGGUGUGUGCUGUGCCAUUUAUGUACAAAAGCAAUCGAUUGGAAGUGUGCCUCCACAACGGCCGUUAUAAACCUCUGAGGAGGCAAACAAAGCCAAACAGCCUCAGUGAAUGUGGCAGGAUGUGUUUAUUUCCAUCAGAGGCCAUCGUAUUUAACAUCCUCGGUCCAGGUGUGGUCCAAAGUCGUGAAUUAACUCUGCAAGUUCUGACAAACAGAAUACGGUUAUUAAUUCAAUACGUUUGUGGCCUUCAGGAACGAAAGCGAGAAGAAACACUUGCGUGGUCACAGCCCUGCCAAAGCAGGCACUGUCCUUUGGAACAUAAAGGUGGAUCCUUUUGCCAUCUGCUGGAGCUUUGGUGUAAAUACAGCAGCAAUUUAAAUUAUGGAGCUGAAAGGUAUUCGUCAUAGCUCCUGACUUGUCAGCAUUUAUGGCAGCAUGUGGCUAAAAGAGGAGUAUAGUAUGUCACCACUCUGCCUUUAGGUUUAUUAUUAGGACAAAACUGAGACCCAGAAAAUGCGGUGUGCUUCUCAGAACGAAUUUUAGGGAACCUUAGGCAAGAUGGAAGCGAUUUAAAUGGGAUAAAGGGCACAAGAAGACAUAGUAUACCAACCAUACAGCAGCAAGUAGCACAGAGGCUAUAUUUAAAAGUAAAGUCAUGCUGCUGGCUUGGAAGAGCAAAACUAGCACCUUUGUGUUUUCCUUACCCCAAGGUGGACAAGGGGCAGAAAGGAGGCAAAGCCCAGUUUCCCUCCAAUAACUGAGGCUCUGAAAACCCUGGAAGCUGAGAUGUACCACAGCGUGCUGCUUCAUUGCCGUAUACCUGUUACAUUCAGAGGAACCUGCAGGGACCACCUUGAGAGCUCAUUUUAGGGGAGUAAAGUGCCUAAGUUCUCCUAUCUUUCUAUGAUUGUUCACAGGUUGGUUUGUCAAAUGGAAGCCAACAUUUGUGACUGUCUGACUUACAGAGAACUUUGUCUGUGAAAAUGUGGACAUACUUUCAGUAAAGCACCGCAUGCUACAGAAAGCUAAUUAAUAUGAAAGAGGGCUGAGGAGAAAAGAGGGAAAGGUAGGCUAGUGAGCAAAAAGGAUAGUAGUGGUUGGGGCAGCCUCAAUCAGAGGAAGAGAAAGCUAUGCAAGAGAGAAAAACUAGGAAAGGCCUAUGAGACAGCCUAAGAAAGAAAGCAAAAAGUUGUCAGUGAAAAAUGAGGGAAAGGAAACAGAAAUGAAAAUAGCAUGAAAGAAAUCUAGAAUUGUAAAAAACAAAAAACAAAACAAAGGAAAAAAAAUCAGGAAAUGAGACAAAGGAAAGAAGAAACACAGCCUUGAUAGCCAUCACAUUCCAUCAGAUAAAAGCUAAACUGACCAAUUCAAAAAGUUUUGAAAGUGAGAGCUAUGAGAAUAUUAAAUAACAGAUUUUCUUGUGUUUUUUUUGGGGGGGGGGGGGGGGGCGGAUGGGCGUAGGUGGCUUUUUUGUUUUGUUUUUCCCUACAUGUAGGCAAUAAGCCUCAGACAUUUGCUUCACCUUGUAAUGUUUAUGCCACGUUCCUUCUUUAAAAAUCAGCUCUUUUUCCUUUGGCAUUAUCUGUAGAUGGAUCAUAGCCAUUUUUAAACGUGAUGUCAUGGGAUUAUAUUCACCAGUCAAAUAAAAAAAAAUAAUGCACAAUCCUUUUCCCAAAAGUGUUUACAUGUGAUUGUCACUAAAAUGCUGUCCUGUUCUUUUGUCUUCUUAGUAUGCUCAGUUUUUUAUCUAGGAAAUAUAGUAGGAAUUAAUACCGAGAGGAAAAAAAUCAUAUAACUGUAGCAGUUCAAAUUGGCCCUAGCAGGAGCUUUUGUUUGAUCUCACGUAACAGAAUGGCUAUGAAUUAACGGCUGCAGACAAAAGUUCAACAGUAUUGUAUUAUACAGCUAUGAAGGUUGUCCUGAUUGCGAGCCAGCAAAACAGAAGGUCAGGGAGUGUUCGUGCUUGUGAGCAACACAAUUUCAGGGUCUGUGUAAUGGCCCGAGCUAGUUCAUGAUGUGACUUUUUGCUAUGGAAAUUCAUAAAAGAACUUUCUAAGUUUUCAGAUUCCUUUUCCCAUCAGAAAGAGGAUAGAGGAGAAGCUGAAUUUACUUGUAUUGAAGAAGAACUGAAGAAUUUGGUGAUCAAACUGCAGGGAUUUCUGAGAUACUCGUGAUGCCAUGGAUGUCCCAGAGACAGGAAUGCCUGCCCAGAGGCCCUGUCCUUCCCUUCCAGUUAAACCCAGCCAGUUCUGUGAGAUCCGUCAACAGGGUUUGGGUUACAAAGCAUAUUGUUUUCAAUCGUUUGUUCCUGAGAUUAUUCAAAUUCUCCUCCCUUUCCUUCUUUUCCUCACAUGAACUCAGCUUUGUGUAUGUUCUAAGUAGCUGUUUGUUGCUAUGAUCUGAGUUUUUGAGCUGGCACUUAUUUUUACAAGGACUAGCAAUUGUUCUCAUAAGUAGGUAGUAUCUCUUCUCUGUUUUGGGAGGAAAAAGAAUUCAGAGUAAAUCAUGGAUUUGUUUCUGAUUAAACUUCCUUGUUAGGACAGUUCCAACAGCUUUUCAUUUCCAUGCUCAAUUACAUUCUUAAAAUCUCUUACAUCUGAUUCAUACUACUGCUGUGAAUGUCAGACAUACAUUCCCAUAACUGAAUUACUACUAGCAUUAAAAUUAUUCAAAUAUGUAAAUUUGUAGCAAAAAUGCUUUCAAAUAGUAACAAUAAAGUUAUCUCCUUGAUCUUUUUAUUGUGGUUAUUACUGUUUUGUUUGCAUUAACCUGUGCUGUUUCAAUUGGAGUGUACAGGUAAUGUGACCUUGCAGUUUUGGAACACUGGAUCCAUGCAAGCACAGAAAACACAUUCAGUCUUACAUUGCUGCUCUACUAAAGGCCAGGGAUUUUUUUUAUGUCUUUCAUAGUGCCUAUAUAAUGUUGAUAAAAGAAAUCCAAAAUAAGAGCAGCUGAUAUCUUUUCCUCUAUUAGAAAAUUUAUUGUAAUCUAAAGCUGACAAUAAUAUGGAUGCAACUUUCACAGAUUGUUUUCACAUUUAUAAUUCUUUGCCGUAUCAUUUCUACAAGUAAUUCUUGCUAAUUCGUGCUAAUAAAUACAUUCCUGAGACUAUUUCCAGAAUCCUGAGUUAGAAUACUAUGUGUACGACUGGCACAAACGUGGAAAUCUUGAGUCACUCCAGCUGCAGAGGUAGCUCUUUCAGUUUUCAUUGUGCACAUUUAUAUGUUCCAAAGAUAUACAAGAAAUAACAUUCUUCACAUUGUUUAUCUGAAAACAUUUUAUGAAACCAAUUAAUUACGGCUUAGAAGAUUCUCUCACCACGUACCCUUUUAAAUAGCAUUUCCAACACUGACACGGCUGCCUCUAUGAAAUGUUAUACUUUGGCAUAUUUUUAAACAAUUACAUAUACUCUGUUGCUGCACAGUUGGAGAAGCAAAUGAGGGAAAAACUUUUUUUUACUUCCUACCACAAUAUCUUUAUGAUCGAACCGUGAAUAUUUUGUGAAGCUAUUUACUAUUCAGUUGCUGCUAAAUGUCUGCAAUCUGUCAAGGCACGAUAUUACUUCAGACAGAGGACACAUCUCCUCCACUUCUAACAAGGUGUUUAGGUAGCACUUUGAUUUCCGCAUGAUUAACAAGAUUCUUACUGAGAAGCCACACUCUUGCCACUUGCAGUUUAAGUCAAAUAGUACAACUGACAUACGUACUCUCUUUUACUAUUAAUUUUGUUCUAAAAUGUCUCUUUCCCUGAGAUUAUUCAUUGCUGAGUAGACAGGCUGUAAAACAAAAAGAAGCUCCAUGAUUUGGGUACCAAUACUCAGUUUUGUAAGUGAAAUGGACACUAAUGACUACCUUCUCUUGGCUUGUUUCUCUGGUAGUGUGAUUGCUGCUGGAGAAUUCCCCCAAAUCCUCAGCAGAUCAUUAGCAUGUGCCCUCCUGACUCCCAGUGCAUACCAUAUGAACUACAUUGUAUUGCCUCUGGUGAACCAUGCAGUCUGUGAGUUACAAUAGAACAUUAUUUAUUAGGUCUUAUAUCCUCAACUAGCAAGAAAUUCAUAAAUAGAAUAGGUUGGAUUUAAAGCCGUCAGGGGCUUGCAGUUCUAUGUGGCCUAAGCUGCCCCCCAGCAAAUAGAACAAAAACCCUAACCAUGGAGCUUUUAAUUAACUCAUCUUUACCUGGUCAGCUGCUUACUGACUUCUACUGCCUCCAAAACUUACUUGCAAAUAAGGGGAAUAUACUCUAAAGAGUCUACCAUCUUAUUUCAGUGAAAUUGAGUGACACUAGUUGUUUUGUACUGGGAUGGUAUUUUGUAGCUGGCAUCAUAAUGCAAUGAAAGUUUGCUGCUUGGCAGAGCUGUAUGUGAACACAUGAGCAAUGCUUCCACAAGCUAUAAAUAGAGUCUCUUAAUCCCUGAAUUGAUCUUCAUGUGCUUGCUUAAGGUUCACCUUACUUGUAUUUGUAUAGAUUGAUGUCAUUACUUUGAUUCAAGAUACAAUUAGCUAUGUCUCAAUAUAAUGUUAAGCCCUUCAAUUUGUUGUGAUGUUGGAGGCAUUUAUGAAAUGUAAGAGCUGUUUCCCAGACUAAAAGUAGACACUAAGACCUAGUGGUCUGUUAGUCUCCUAUUUUGAAGCUGAACGUUAACGAACAGGCAUAUUUAAGUCCGCAGUAUUCUUUUGCUGGCAUGAUUACAAAUGCCUUCUAAGUGCUGACAAGAAGACUGAUCUGCUGCCAUUUAGUAGACAGAAUGAAGAGAAACAUCUUCCGUGUUAUAAAUGACUCUUGAACCAGUAAUGGUCUAAUCAAGAAGCUGGCAUCAUCCUCAGCACAUCACUUGUGAGUUAAGAACUGCCAGUCUGAUGGCCACACAUCUGGAUCUGGUUUGUUGCUGAGGACAGAGAUUCCCAGUGAGGAAUCCUUCAUGUAGAAUGAGGCUUGUACAGGUCAUUUGAGAAAGAGUUGAGCUUUUGGGAACAUUACAGUGUGGUGAGGGAAUCAUCAUUUUUGACACUAUGCAGCUUGAACGCUUGCCUUCCAGGUAAGACCAGAACCCUGGGAAUCACCUUAUCAGUAAAUAUGACUCUGGGACAAUUUCUGCAUGAGUCCAAAUUUUCAUGGCUUUGUUUAUCUAUUUUGCUUGUCUGCCCUUCACUGCUGUUUAAGUGGCGUUUACUUGUUUUUCAAUCUUAAACUGACAUCUGAUAUUGCUAGGUAGUUGAAAAGUUGCAUGAUGGCACCCAUAUGCCUCAUGAAGAUGGUACCAUUUAUAACAUUCAAGAAAAACUAAGAAAAAAAAUGCUUUUGCAACAUCAGUAUGUGAAUGUAAUCAAUUAUGUGACAUGAAGCUGAGAAGUCACACUUAUUCUGGUGACAGCAGCUUAUCAGCACCCUUUUCUUGUAAAACGUUUAUCAGCAAUUAUGUUGUAAAAGGCAUCCCAUACCUACUUCAUUUUUACAUUGCUCUUCUGGUGCAAGUGGUGUUACAUACAUUUGAAAGGUCUUUCUACUUCUUCCCCACAACAAUACUUUCAGCUUUUAAGAAAUUCAACUGGUAGUUUUGGAGGAUGGUUGCUUUUAAGCUGAGGGGUGUUCAUUCAGUAAGACAGCUUGCUCUUUGGCUUCAUCUUUGACAAAAUGCCAAAUUUUGAAAUAUUUGCUGAUGGGGAAGUUGGCCAGUGGUUGCAGUCUGCUUUAGCUGAACAAAUUUUUGGCCCACUUGUUUCUAGAACUUGGGUCUAGAAUUUACAAACAGGAAUAAGUAAAUAAAUAAAUAAAAGUGCACUACAGUUUACUCAUAAUGACAGAUUUCUUCUUUUUUGAAAAGAUAAAAGGCAAGGUCCCAUACUUGACCCUCUUCUUGACAGAAUGGUUUUAGAUGCUGCUGUUGGAGGACAAGAUCAGUUUGGUGGCUUUGCUUUGCUAGAGCUGCAGAAAGAAGAAUGCUUGGGUUGUUAAUUUCUUUACAAAGGCUGAAAUAAAACCCAGGAUAUUUUGGCAUAGAGAAGCAAAACUGGAAUUAGAAAGAUCUGUAGCUACUAGAAAUUAAGAUUUAUGUAGUGGAAAGGUUUGAAUACUGGAAUCCACAUGUUCAGUGCAGGUAGAGAUGGAUGUGGGGGCUCCUCUGUCCAAAUUGGAAAGGAACAGUGAAGCAGGAAGGCUCAGUACCUCUUCCUCUACGUGGUGAGAGAUGAGAAUGUAAGGAAAAAACACGCCCCUGGGAACAAACAUUCAUUUCAAACAUUCCCUUUCAGGGGUCUUUUCUGCUUGCAGACACUCAUAAUCUUUUUUUUUUUUUUUUUUUUUUUUUCCUGAAAAGUUGAUAGAUCUCAACACAAUAGAUUAAAGCAGUGAACUCCUCUACAGGCAAUUUGUUGUUAGUCUACUAUGCACAAUUUUCUCUCUCAGUUCUUACUCAAGCUGAAAUAGGACCCGAUAAGCAAUCACAGGGCAAAUCGGUGCUGGAAUAUGCUGGCAGAGUGCUAAGGAAGAAGUUUCCCACAUAGCAUUUGGCCGUACGGACACAGGAACUGAGCGAAGUUUGAGACGUGAAUCUUGAGACUGCACAGUGGCAGCUGCACAGGACUGAGCAGCCUAUACAUCUGAGAGCUUGAGAAGUAAACCGGCUGUGCAUUGAAAGGUAUUUACUGGGAGCCUUCGUACGCCGCGGCAGAUCCUCUUCCUGAUGGACAGGGCCCCCUGAGCUGUCCUCCUCUGCACCAUUUCAGGCGAAUCCCUCUCGUCAGGAUGGAGCUGUGGGGCGCGGUGCGGAAUGCCCGUACGAUGUUACCACACGUUCCUGGUCAAUUGUUGCAGUUGGAUUACUGGUUCUGGUUUUUAUUGCUUUGUUGGCUCGUGUUCUUGUCAAAAGAAAACCACCAAAAGAUCCGCUGUUUUAUGUUUAUGCUGUAUUUGCGUUUACCAGUGUAGUGAAUCUAAUAAUUGGGCUGGAACAAGAUGGAAUUAUAGAUGGAUUCAUGACUCAUUACUUGAGAGAGGGUGAACCCUAUCUCAACACUGCGUAUGGCCACGUGAUCUGCUACUGGGAUGGCUCUGUUCAUUAUCUGAUGUAUCUUUUGAUGGUGGCAGCUAUUGCUUGGGAACAAAGCUAUAGAACCAUUGGCCUUUACUGGCUGGGUUCCAUUUUCAUGAGCAUCAUUGUCUUUAUGCCUGGAAACAUUGUGGGAAAAUAUGGAACAAAAGUGUGUCCUGCUUUUUUCUUGAGUGUACCAUAUAUUUGCCUUCCCAUAUGGGCUGGGUUCCGAAUUUAUAACCAACCUUCGGCAACUCACGAUACUCCAGUCAAGGUGGUUCAGGAAGUUCAGAAGAAAGGACUCUUAAGACGACCAGUAGAUUUAAUGUUAGCUGCGUAUCUCAUUCUAGCAGCGGGGUUUUGCAUAUUCAGGGGCAUGAUUGCUCUGGAUUGCCCUGCUGAACUCUGCCGGCUAUAUAUUCAACUUCACGAGCCUUAUAUAAAAGAUCCUGCUGCCUAUCCUAAACUUCAGAUGCUGGCAUACAUGUUCUACUCCGUGCCAUACUACGUGAUUGCUUUGUACGGCCUACUGGUGCCUGGUUGUUCCUGGAUGCCUGAUUUAACCCUUAUACAUGCUGGAGGACUAGCUCAGGCUCAGUUUUCCCAUAUUGGUGCUUCUCUUCAUGCUCGAACUCCUUACAUCUACAGAGUCCCUGAAGAAGCAAAACAGUUUUUUCUGAUAUUGAACAUAAUGUAUGGGAUUCUCCCCCAGCUGCUGGCUUACAGGUGUGUCAACAAGCCCGAGUUUUUUAUGAAGGCGAAAGAAGAAGAAAAAACAGAAUAGCACAACUAUUUCCAGCUCCUCUUUUUGGCUGUGUAUGUAAGUGGGUUUGGAUGUAAUGGAACUGCUCAGAUGGAACCCAAAUGACAUGCGUCGGAUUGCACAGCUGUGUGGAGAUGCGUGGCCUGUUUUGUUCACCUGACUCAAAAAGGGAAAAUAAAGAUAACUGCUUUCAAUAUCA